AUGGCGAGCCGAACGAUCACGCGACGUCGAGGUGCUCGAGGGCAACUGGUGCUCUACAACCCGCACACGGUGACCAAUGAAGUGGCUCAAGAGCUCGAAGGCGUUUACGGCUUCCAACCAAAAGGCAAGUGA